AUGGGUUGUAUAUCAUGUUAUCCCUGUCUCUCUUGUCCCCUGCUCCAUUACAAGAAAUCUCCAUUACAGACAAUAGGUGAAGAGCAGUCCCGGAACCCUUACACAGAACUGCUUGUGCUGAAAGCACACCAUGAUAUUGUGCGGUUUCUGGUACAGCUAGAUGGCUACAGAUUUGCAUCUGCUGGUGAUGAUGGAAUUGUAAUUGUAUGGAAUGCUCAGACAGGAGAAAAACUUUUGGAACUCAGUGGACAUUCUCAAAAGAUAACAGCUAUUAUUGUAUUUCCUUCCUCGGAAUCUUGUGAAGAAAAAAAUCAGCUCAUCUUGACAGCCUCUGCUGAUCGAACAGUUAUUGUAUGGGAUUGUGAUUCGGGCAGACAAGUUCAGAGAGUAUCAUGCUUCCAGUCUACUGUGAAGUGUUUAACUGUUCUUCAGAGCCUGGAGGUUUGGCUGUCUGGUGGGAAUGACUUAUGUGUGUGGAACCGAAAAUUAGAUCUCUUGUGUAAGACCAGCCAUAUUUCUGAUACAGGUAUCAGUGCUUUGGUCGAAAUACCUAAUAACUCUGUUGCAGCUGCAGUUGGCAAGGAGCUUAUAAUUUUUAGGUUAGCAGCACCCACAGAAGGAUCACUGCAAUGGGAUAUUACUGAAGUUAAACGCCUCCUUGAUCACCAGGACAAUAUUCUGUCAUUGGUUAAUGUCAAUGAUGUGAGUUUUGUCACUGGUUCCCAUGUUGGGGAGCUGAUCAUUUGGGAUGUCCUGGACUGGACCAUGGAGGCCUAUGAACGCAACUUCUGGGACCCAUCUCCACAGCUGGAUGCUCAGCAAGAAAUCAAACUCUGUCAAAAACCAAAUGACGUUUCUAUUCAUCAUUUCACAUGUGAUGAAGAGAAUGUAUUUGCUGCAGUUGGAAGGGGUUUAUAUGUAUAUAACCUUCAAAUGAAGCGUGUGAUUGCCUGCCAGAAGACUGCACAUGACUCAAAUGUCCUGCACAUCACCAAACUUCCAAACAGGCAGUUAAUCUCUUGCUCUGAAGAUGGCAGUGUACGAAUUUGGGAGUUACGAGAAAAACAGCAGCUGGCAGCUGAGCCUGUACCAACAGGUUUUUUUAAUAUGUGGGGGUUUGGAAGAGUGAACAAACAAGCCAGCCAACCUGUUAAAAAGCAACAAGAAAAUGCCACUUCAUCCUCAUUGGAGCUCAUUGGAGAUCUGAUUGGACACUCGUCCUCUGUGGAGAUGUUCCUGUAUUUUGAAGAUCAUGGACUAGUGACUUGCUCUGCUGAUCAUCUCAUUAUUUUAUGGAAAAAUGGAGAGCGAGAAUCUGGAUUACGCAGUUUAAAAUUAUUCCAGAAAUUAGAGGAGAAUGGUGACUUGUACCAUGUUGCCUAGUGUAAGGAAUCAGGAAUAUAUAUAGAUGAACACUGAAUCAAAUACAAAGUAAUACCUGAGGACCACUGAUACAUUGAUCAUGUAAAUUUGCAAUUUUUGACAAUCUAUGGAAUUCUGCGUGUUUGAGUUCUUUUGUGUGUGCCUCAGGUGUCCUCAGUACACCCACCAGAGAGCAAGCGAGAGGCUUCUGCUGGGCUAUGCGAUGCGAGGGACAAGUUUUGAAUUUCUUAAUUUGAACCUAGAACUUUAUGAAGUGGUAGAAAUAAAGGAAAUAGUUCUUGUUUUGUUUUUGGUUUCCUUUA